UCUGUAAAAAAGAGAGAGCAGAUGGUCAUACAUUGAUCUUUAAAAAUUUAGGUUGAACUAGUGACCCAAUCUCCUGUAGGAGCUGGUUGGGUGCCAACUGCCCUAAUGACCGACGAAACGGUGUCUGAAUGGUCGGAGAAAGGGUGACCCACUCUCUCCUAUAUUUUUCUUCUCUAUUCAUGAAACAUUUCUCUUAAAUGUGAUAGUACCAAGCUAAGUGAGAGUAUUCAGGAUAGUUGAGGAUAGUUUGGAUAAUUAUUGUGCUUAAGGAUGGAAAUUUUACACUGGUUUAAAGGUGGAAUGUCUAGUCCAAGCAAGGAAGAACUCCCCAAGGUUCCAGCUGCCAUGAGGGAAGAAUUGGCACAAUUUGAUUCUUCUAAGAUGAAACAAAUUAAAACAGAAGAAAAAAAUCCAUUGCCUUCAAAAGAAGAUGUCCAACAAGAAAAAGUACAUAACAGUUUGAUUGAAGAUGUAGAAUCUUUUGAACGUUCAAAACUGCAUCCAACUCAAACACAAGAGAAAGUAUCUCUGCCAAAACCUGAAGAUGUGGCUCAGGAGAAAGCUCAACAGAAUGUCUUGAAUGGUGUUCGGAACUUCAAACGAAAUUCAUUAAAGCGAACGGACACAAAGGAGAAAUGUGUCUUGCCCAAUCAGAGUGAUGUCCAGCAAGAGAAAAUACACCAAAGCUUUGUGGAUGAUGUAGAACAUUUUGACAAAACAAAAUUACAUCGUGCAAAUACUGCAGAAAAAAUUAUAUUACCAAAUACUGAAGAAAUUGAAAAAGAAAAAGGACAGCAAAAACUACUACAAGGAAUUGAAUCAUUUGAUACUGGAAAACUGAAGCAUGCAGAAACUCAAGAGAAAAAUCCUUUGCCAACUAAGGAAGUUAUUGCCCAAGAAAAGAGUGCUGCUUAAUGGUGUCUAUAUCCUGGGACCAAUUUCCAGAUUCUGCUCAUCAGUAACUUCCAGAAAAUGCCAUGUAAUCAGUUUUCAAAUAGUACUUUGCGGUGCUUGUGGCAAUAUCAUUCAUUUUCCUAAUCCAGAGAUUUCACAGAAUUACAUUCCUAUGAAUACUGACAUGUCUUCUUGUAUUAAAUUUUUAUAACACACAUAUACCAAUGAAUUCCAUAAAUGUGUAUCAAAUAUUACUUUUUUUGUAUUUAAAUUGUGUAACUUUAUUUAAAAAGUAUUAACUGGGAAAUCUCUGAUUAGAUAAAAAUUUUGUGAUCUAAGUGUUAAGCAUUUUGAAAGUAUUAUUUUCCACGGUUCGUGUGACCAAACAUAAAGUGUGCCUUUAUUUUGUACUAGUCGGGAUAUUUAGUUCCUUUCCAUAUCUGAGAAAGAGACAUUGUGCAAAUAAAAUUUUUUCAGUACUAUUUUCAAUAACCUUCGUACUAAAGUGGAUGUGGUCAUUUUCUAACGGGAUAAUGUCACUUUUUUACUAUGAAAUUUUGCUGAUUUUUCAUAAUGCUAUUAAAAUCACUUUGGUAGUUCAAUUUUUUGUAAAACUAUUGAUAAUUUUUUGUAAACUGUUGGUAAUUUGUAUGUAAAAGCCACAAUUUUCAAUAAAUGACUAAUAACAAAAACU